CCCUAAUUGAAUCAGCAUCCUCUUUCUUCCGUUCUCUCUCUCUCUUUCUCGCCGACGACGAAAACAUGGGUGCCAAGGCGAAGAAAGCUCUGAAGAAGAACAUGAAGAAGAUUGCUGCUUCGGCUGCUUCUUCUCAGCUACCUCCUCCCCAGAACCCGAAACCUUCAGCUGAUUUUUUGCCACUAGAAGGAGGUCCAGCUCGAAAAGCUCCAGUGACCUCCCAACCUCUUGAGAACAAAGCUACUGUGCUAUACAUCGGUCGAAUCCCUCAUGGCUUUUAUGAGACUGAGAUUGAAGCUUUCUUCUCACAGUUUGGAACAGUUAAGAGAGUUAGAGUCGCCAGAAACAAAAAGACUGGGAAGUCAAAGCAUUUUGGGUUCAUACAGUUUGAGGACCCUGAGGUGGCCGAAAUUGCAGCGGGUGCAAUGAAUGAUUAUUUGUUGAUGGAGCACAUGCUUAAAGUCCAUGUCAUUGCACCAGAGGAUCUUAAACCCAAUCUGUGGAAAGGGUUUAAAUGUAACUUCAAACCAGUGGAUUCAGUUCAGAUUGAGCGUAGACAACAUAAUAAGGAAAGGACAUUGGAAGAGCAUAGGAAAAUGUUGCAGAAGGUAGUGAAAAGGGAUCAGAAAAGGAGGAAAAGAAUCGCAGCCGCUGGAAUAGAAUAUGAAUGCCCUGAACUUGUUGGAAACACACAGCCAGUCCCGAAGAGGAUCAAGUUUAGUGAAGACUAAAAGCCGAAGUUGAACAACACUUUUUCGAUAACCUUUUUUGAAUAGGAUUCUGUUCUGUUGUACUCUUGAUAUUGGAUUAAAAACUAAACUUUAAA